UUAAGUUUUAGUAGCUCAACAUGGGUGAUUUUUGUCCGGUGCCAGUGGAAGAAAAACAUGGUGAAUUUUUAAAAACUGUUAUUGAAAUAUUGUUUAAAAAUGUAGUCUUUACCACAAGACAAGAUAAGGUAAUACUUUGGAUUCCGCCAGAUAAAUUGGAGGAACAAUUUGACUUUUCCUUAACGCAAAAUGGUGAAGAUCAUGAAAAGUUAUUGUUGUUGUUGAAAAAUACCAUCAAAUUUAGCGUCAAGACCGGACAUCCGUAUUUUAUUAACCAACUGUUUUCAGGACUGGACCCGUAUGGCUUGGCCGGUCAAUGGUUGACCGACGCCCUUAAUUCCAGCGUCUACACUUACGAGGUCGCACCGGUUUUUACUCUGAUGGAAACUCAUAUCAUCAGGGAAGUGUGCAGGAUGAUCGGGCCGCAAUGGAGCGACGGAAUGUUCUGUCCGGGCGGCAGCUUUGGAAAUGGAACUGCCAUCAAUUUGGCCAGAUUUAACUUAUGUCCGGAUAUUAAGAAAAAAGGCAACAACUAUGAGCAGAGAUUGGUAAUGUUUACUUCGGAAGAAUGUCAUUAUUCUAUAUACAAAUUUGCUUCAUUUGUGGGUAUCGGAGAAGAAAACGUAAUCCCUGCAGCUGUAGAUGACAAAGGUCAAAUAAUCUCUUCUGAUUUGGAAAUGAAAAUUAAGCAGCAAAAAGACAACGGAGCAGUACCUUUCUUGGUAGUAGCCACGUUAGGAACGACGGUGCGUGGCGCCUUCGACCCAAUAAACGAAAUCGCUGACAUUUGCAGGAACCACGGCGUAUGGUUGCACGUGGACGCUGCUUGGGGAGGUGGUCUUAUUUUCUCGCAAAAACACCGCGCGAAACUUAAUGGGAUGGAAAGGGCGGACUCGGUGGUCAUAAACCCGCACAAACUGCUUGCGGUGCCGCAGCAGUGCUCGCUCCUGCUGGUCAGAGACGAGGGACUUCUUCGGGGAGCGCACUCCAAGGGUGCCGAGUAUUUGUUCCAGAAAGAUAAGCACUAUGAUAAGUCUUAUGAUCCUGGCGACAAAUACUUGCAGUGCGGCAGGAAAUGCGACGUGUUUAAGUUUUGGUUUAUGUGGAAAGCAAAGGGUUCAUCGGGGUUUGCCAAUCAUAUUGACGCACUGAUGAAAACGGCCGAAUCCUUUGAAAAACAAAUUCGCAAUAGACCGGAAUUUAUGAUGGUUUCCGACCGGCAAUAUAUGAACGUUUGCUUUUGGUAUUUGCCGAGGUAUUUAAGAGGAAAGUCAAAUAUCUCUGAGUAUGCACCCCAACUACACAAGGUGGCGCCCGAGAUCCGAGCAGUAAUGAUCAAACACGGUUCUGUAAUGUUGGGCUAUCAGCCGCUAAAAAGUUUACCAAACUUUUUCCGCUUCGUCUCGCAGAAUUCUUCUUUGAAUCAAAAGGAUGUCGACUUUAUUCUUGACCACAUUGCAGAAAUCGGCGAUUCACUGUUUCCAUAAUAUAAGAAGAAUGAUGCCAUAGUUUAGAUUUAGAUUACUGUAUUUUUUUCAAAUAUUUAGGUAUAUAGCUAAUUUAUA